UUAAGAAUAUAAUAUACAGAAUCCUGUAAAAAGCCCAUUUUUUCAGGAGCAGACGCGUCUUCUUCUUCUUCUUCUUUGGUAAGAAAUCAGGAGCGAAGAAGAAGAGGUCAAAUUAGAUUCGAUCGGGGAAGAUGGGUUGCUUCAGUUGCUUCGAUGGAACCCAAAAGCAACAGCGUAAGGAAGAAGAGAGACAAGCCUCCGCUGAAGCUCGCGCCAGAGCCGCCGAAGCUGCACAGCGACGGAAAGAGCAGUUUGAUAAGUCUGCAGCUGGAAGAGCAGCACAGGCUCAAUUACAGCAAAUGGCCAAACAGUCUGCAAAUACUAACAAAGGAGAGCCUGUUCUUAAGUGGCAAAUGACGUAACUAUGAAGUCCUGGUUUCAAAAAGGAAUCGAAUUGUGAGAUUGAUCCAUUGUAAAUUGUGUGCUCUUUAAUAUUUGCAAGACUUUUUAAUGUGAAUGGGAAGGCUUAUUUUCUUCCUUGUUCAUCUUGCUAUCUUAUGAAUUUGCAAUAAACGAAAAAAACAGAGUACAAUGUUAAGAUCAUCUCUCUGUUUUAUUGUGAGCUUUGUGAGUCAAAUGAGCUGAUAGCUUUA